UGACAUGGAGGCAACGCCGCGAGGAGUGGAAGAGAACAUGUCGGCUCUGACAGUCCACAGCGAGUCAUGCGAGAACCUGGAGUGCUACAUGGUCCUGCUGGAUGCAGAGAAGAUGGCCAUUGGCUCCAUCUGCUUCCUGGUGGGCCCCGUCACGCUGUUGGAGAACGCCCUCAUCCUGGGCGUGAUCGCCGCCACGGCCUCGCUGCGCCACCGCCCUUCCUACCUCUUCAUCGGCAACCUGGCCCUGGCCGACGUCUUCGCCAGCUGCUUCUUCACCACCAGCUUCCUGGACUUCCAUCUCUUCCGCCGCAGCGACGGCCCGACCGCCUACCUCUUUAAGCUUGGCGGCGUCACCAUGGCCUUCACCAACUCGGUGGGCAGCCUGCUGCUGACCGCCCUGGACCGCUACCUGUGCAUCCACCGGCCCAGCGGCUACAAGGUGCUGCUGACGCGGCGCCGAGCCCUGCUGGGGCUGCUGGUGCUCUGGAGCGCCACAGUCUUCAUCUCGUCCUUACCGUUGAUGGGCUGGACGUGUCCUACCGGGCUGGCUUUGCCCUGCUCCCGCCUCUUUCCCUACAUCAGGCGGGGCUACCUAGCUUGCUGGACCGGCUUCAUCCUGGUCCUCCUGGCUCUCAUCCUGGGGGCUUACGUCCUCAUUCUGAGGAAAGCCCACCGCCAUGAGGCCUCCAUGACCGUUCUCCAUGCAGGCCAUGCCCGCAUGAGGAUGGACAUCCGAUUGGCGCGCACCUUUGGCCUGAUCCUGCUCACGCUGGUGGUUUGCUGGCUCCCUGCGCUCUCCUUCAUGCUGGCCGACGUCGCCGUGGUCCUGACUCACACCCAGCAGAGGGCCUUCGCAUUCUGCAGCACCCUCUGCCUUCUAAACUCCGCCGUCAACCCCCUGCUGUACGCACUGCGCUGCCGGGAGCUGAAACUGGCCCUGCUGCACCUGCUGGAGGUCCUUAUCGAGGCUGCCAAGUGUAAAAAGUCCAAUCCCGGACUUCCCCCCAGAGAGGACAACAAACGUGCGAGCCACUGUGACGUGGACCGGCCCAGAAGCUCAAAUUUUUGCACGGUUUUGGAAAUGUUGGAAAAGCAGUAGAUAGAUAUUAUAACUGGUAGAUGAAAGGAAGUUGUGAUUAUAUUUAUUAUAACACACUGCAGAGUGGAAAUGGUAAGCUUUCUUUGACCACUUCUUUAGUUAUCAACAAAAAUAUUGCACUGCAAGAACCAAGGUUGUUCCAUUUAGCCAGCAUUAAUAGUUCAAGCGCACACAGAGGCACAUGCGGCUUGUGGAUGCUGAACAUCCAUGGCGCUUCAAAUGCAUAAAAACCUGGGGUUUCCGGAUUGUUUGCAUUUAAAAUAUCCGAUGUAAACGCUCUAAUACAGCGCGUUGACUUGUGCAGAGCUGGACAGAUAGUUAACAUCUAAAUGUUCUUCAAAAGGCUCACAAGUUUGGUAUUUUAUUGUAUUUCAGUUAGGGCUGGGCAACGAUUAAAAUUUUUAAUCGAAGUUAAUCGCACUAUUUCUCCGAUUAAUAGCGAUUAACUGCAUUGUAUACGCAAAGCCCAAUACUGAAUUCAAAAGUAGUGUGUAAUGCACCUUUAUUGGAAUAUUCUCCCACAUGAACAAAAGCGCCGAAACAUUUGUUUCAAACACAAUUUAAAUCAGUCCUUGUUAAACAGUAGCAGUUAAAUAGCAUAUUUGAUGAAAAUCAACUCAAAAAAUUUAAAUAGAGACAUUUAAGCUUAUUGCCACUGCCAGGGUAUUUAAGUUAUCCUGUUUGUUAUGGAAAAUAAAUAUAAUCUACAUACAAAUCUCUGAGCCACAAUCAUAACAUCUGAACAGGCAAUUUCUGAGGUAACAGCAGAAACAUUUUUUUUUAUCAGGGAUCUUAUGUUUAAAAAAACUAUAUUAUAGGUAGUGGGCUGUUUUAGGGAAUGUUUGAUCAAAUUAUCCGUAGUAGCAAUAUUAAUAAUGUUGUGUUUAUUCUGUGUAGUGCACUUAAAAUAAUUAUGACCAUAUCUAGGAAUUGAUAUGACGGGAAUUUUCCGAUUGUUUGCUUGGUGCUUUGAUAAACUGAAGGCAUCAUAUACAUGGUACUAUAUUGUGA